AUGUAUAUGGAUCCGGCCAUCCACUCUACACUGAGAAGAAAACAGCGACGCCUGGUCCGGGAUAAUCCAGGUGUAUUGGGAGCCUUGGUUAAGGGCGCCAAUUUGGCCAUAAGCGAGUGCCAGCAUCAGUUCCGCAAUCGUCGCUGGAAUUGCUCAACGAGAAACUUUUCGCGAGGCAAAAAUCUAUUUGGAAAAAUUGUGGAUCGAGGCUGCCGUGAGACUAGUUUCAUUUAUGCCAUCACCAGUGCCGCGGUUACCCAUUCUAUUGCCAGGGCCUGCAGCGAGGGCACCAUCGAGUCCUGCACCUGCGACUAUAGCCACCAGUCGAGAUCCCCUCAAGCCAACCAGGCGGGCAGUGUGGCUGGUGUCCGGGAUUGGGAAUGGGGCGGCUGCUCGGACAACAUUGGAUUCGGUUUCAAGUUCUCCCGGGAGUUUGUUGAUACCGGCGAGCGGGGUCGCAAUCUGCGCGAGAAAAUGAAUCUGCACAACAAUGAGGCGGGACGAGCGCACGUCCAGGCGGAGAUGCGUCAGGAGUGCAAAUGCCACGGCAUGUCCGGCUCUUGUACGGUGAAGACCUGCUGGAUGCGACUGGCCAACUUCCGGGUGAUCGGUGACAAUCUCAAGGCCCGCUUCGAUGGUGCCACCCGCGUCCAAGUGAGCAAUAGCCUGCGAGCCAGCAAUGUCCUGCCAGGGAUCAGUCCGAAUGCCGCCGGUUCCAGUUCUGUGAGCUCCAAUGGUCUGAUCAUUCCCCAGUCGGUGAACAGUCAUCCGAACAACAAGAUUCAUCAUCCGAAUAUCUUACUUAUAGACUUUUCUUUAUUUUCCUCUCCUUGCAGAUAUCACUUCCAACUGAAUCCCCACAAUCCUGAGCACAAGCCACCCGGCUCUAAGGACUUGGUCUACCUGGAGCCUUCGCCCAGCUUCUGUGAGAAGAAUCUGCGACAUGGCAUCCUGGGCACCCAUGGCCGGCAAUGUAAUGAGACCUUGGGCGUCGAUGGAUGUGGUCUGAUGUGCUGCGGGCGUGGCUAUCGGCGGGAUGAGGUCGUGGUGGUGGAGAGAUGCGCCUGCACCUUCCACUGGUGCUGCGAGGUCAAGUGCAAGCUGUGUCGAACCAAGAAGGUCAUCUACACGUGUCUAUAA